AUGGAUGAAAAUACCAUCAAAUCCUCCAUUGAACUGUACAAUACACAGUUGGAGCAGGUAGAACAGGCUAUCUUAGCAGCUGGUGAAAAUGAUGAUUUAGUGAAACUACGAGAUGAUUUGAAGGAGCUGAUUGAAUUAACUACAGACAGUUUGUUGUCGUUAAAGAAAGGAAUGUUAUUACAAUCUCUAGAAUCUACGAGUUCUUCCUAUCAACCAUCUUCUAGUCACGAUCAGAGUGGGGUGGAUGAUGAAUACGCUGCUUUUCAGGCAGCAUUGGGUGAUCAUGUCACGACCACGGAUGAUAUUUCAACCAAUCAGAACACUGGUAUUGAAGAUUCAGCCAAUGAGAAUGGAAGCAUGUCAACCAAUGAGAAACUAGAUGAGACAUUAUCCGGUUUAGAAGGAAUGCGAUGUCGUGCCCCGUUUCAACAAGAUUGGGGUUGUCUGGUUUAUUCCAAUGCUUUGAUAUUAUCAGUAAAUCCUAUGUUGGAUGAUACGGAAACUCCAAGUGUAAAAGUGAUGUUUUGUAAUCCUACCCAUAGUUCUAUGGCACCAUGUCAGUUUUAUCUAGAAGAUAGAUGUAAAUUUACAGAGGAAGAAUGUAGAAAUAGUCAUGGUUACACAGUAAAAUUAGAAGACUUACAGGAAUACCAGGAACCAGAUUACAGUAAUAUUAAGAUAGAAAGUAAAGUAUUAGGUCUAUAUGAAAAUGAUAGUUUAUGGUAUAAAGCUACAGUUAUAGACAAUUUUAAUGAUGAGGGAGAAUUACAUGUUUUAUUUGAUGGUUAUGAUGAAACAGCCACUUUAAAACUAGAACAAAUACUACCAUUAGAUCCUGAUAUUGUUAGUUCCAGUGAAGAAUCUGACAUUGAAGAGGAUUAUGUCCCUUUAGACAAGUCUGAUUCAGAGGAUGAAGAUUGUUUACCUGUGUUUCUAUGGAAACCACCGAAAACAACGGCUAGAUUAGGAGAAUGGGAGGAACAUACUAGGGGUAUAGGAUCCAAGUUGAUGUGUAAAAUGGGUUAUAUUGUUGGACAAGGUUUAGGAAAAGAUGGUCAGGGUAAAGCUGAACCUGUACCAAUACAACUUAUUCCUAAAGGCAAGUCUCUGGAUAAAAUAAUGGAGUUAAAGGAACAGGCUGGGGACCAAGAUUUAUUUGAUGUAAUGAAAAAGACUAAGAAAAAGAAAGUAAAAAAAUCUGGUACUGGUAGUUCAAGUCUUGGUAUAAGACCGACAAAAUCUACUGAUGUCUUUGAUUUCAUCAACAAAAAACUACGUGGCAAAAAGGGUGAGUAA